CUGAUUCCUCCCGUCCAGCGGAGAUGUUUCAUGGUGAGAUGGAAAAACCGGCCCCUUUCCCCUUCCCCUGAUGUUGGCUCGGCUCGGCUGGAGCAGGAGGCAGCCCUCGGCAGGACCCGGGCACAUGCCCAGGAGCAAUUGCAAUGGCAGCAAGGGUCCCAGCUCACUGGAGGUGAAACCUGGAGGACCUGGUCCUAUCUGAGUGCUGCUGCAUGAGAUCCCGUGCCCCCCCAGCACCUGCAGCCCCUUGACACCUGAUGCUACAACGAGCCAUGGGCAGCGUCCGAGUCAACCGGUACAGCAUUGUCUCAACCGAAGAGGAUGGACACAAGGUCUCCACGCUGGGCAGCAUAAAUGGGCAUAGCCGGAAUGGGAAGGGCCAUGCCCCUCAGCGGAAGCACCGCAACCGCUUUGUGAAGAAGAACGGCCAAUGCAAUGUCUACUUUGCCAACCUGAGCAACAAAUCUCAGCGUUACAUGGCCGACAUCUUCACCACUUGUGUGGACACACGCUGGAGGUACAUGCUUAUGAUCUUCUCUGCUGCCUUCCUGGUCUCCUGGCUCUUCUUUGGCUUCCUCUUCUGGUGCAUCGCUUUCUUCCAUGGCGACCUCAAUGCGCCAGCGGUGGGAGGUGGCCCCUCUCUCCUCAAGCCCUGUAUCAUGCACGUGAACAGCUUCCUAGGGGCCUUCCUCUUCUCAGUGGAGACACAGACAACCAUUGGUUAUGGCUUCCGCUGCGUGACUGAGGAGUGCCCGCUGGCUAUCAUGGCAGUUGUGGUCCAGUCCAUUGUGGGCUGUGUUAUUGACUCCUUCAUGAUUGGCACCAUCAUGGCCAAGAUGGCAAGGCCCAAGAAGAGGGCCCAGACCCUCCUCUUCAGUCACCAUGCGGUUAUCUCUGUUCGAGAUGGCAAACUGUGCCUCAUGUGGCGAGUAGGCAACCUGAGGAGGAGCCACAUUGUGGAGGCCCAUGUCCGAGCCCAGCUCAUCAAGCCCUACAUGACAGAAGAAGGGGAAUAUCUCCCCCUGGACCAGAGGGACCUCAAUGUAGGCUAUGAUGUGGGCCUUGAUCGUAUAUUUUUGGUGUCACCCAUUAUUAUUGUUCAUGAGAUUGAUGAGGAGAGCCCUCUCUAUGGGAUUGGCAAGGAGGAGCUGGAGACAGAGAACUUUGAGAUUGUUGUUAUCCUGGAAGGAAUGGUGGAAGCCACAGCCAUGACCACACAGGCACGAAGCUCCUAUCUCGCAAGCGAAAUCCUUUGGGGCCACCGUUUUGAACCAGUUGUGUUUGAGGAGAAGAACCAUUACAAAGUGGAUUAUUCGCGCUUUCACAAGACUUACGAGGUAGCUGGCACACCUUGCUGCUCAGCCCGGGAGCUGCAAGAAAGCAAGAUGACUAUCCUACCUUCUCCCCCACCUCCUAGUGCCUUCUGCUAUGAGAAUGAGUUGGCCCUUGUCAGUCAAGACGAAGAUGAAGAUGAUGAUGAAGUGGGUGUGGUGUUAGGGGGCAGCAGUAAAGAAGAGGGAGGUGUCAUCCAGAUGAUGGAUUUUGGAAGCCACCUUGACCUGGAGCGGCUCCAGGCAAGUCUGCCCCUAGAUACAAUCUCAUACCGAAGGGAGUCAGCCAUCUAACUCCUCCAGCCUCCCCGUUCCACACCCGUUGUGCACAGUCUCCUCCUCCAUCCUUCACCCAUAUGUAGCUGGAUAAGUCCCUUGCCCACCGAAAAAUGCCUCUUGUGACUGCCUCUCAGCCCCUGAGUACAUCAAGGCCUGGAGCUGCUCUGAUAUAUUCCAUUUCCUAUGAAGUCAUACUGCCUGGAAGAGGAGUGAGGAUAUACUGCUCCUCCAGCGUGUGGCAGCUUGUGCUGGGAUCCCUUUCCUGCCUAGAGACAGGAAAGCAGCACUCCUGAUUUCUCACCUCUGGAGAGGAGUCCGUGCCCUCAACACACACACCAGGUACCACAACAAGUGUUUCUGCUGCUGAGCCAACAGCAGACUUUCUGCUCCCUCUUGAUGUGAGGAGGGCCCGUGGCUGUCAAGAGUCACGACCACCACUAGGAGAGGAGUGAUAACCUAAGCACUAACCAGAUGAGGAUGGACAGGAGAGUUUAGGACUCCUGGAGGGAGUGGUGAAAGAUCUCAAGGAAGGGGUGUAAUUGCAUGUUUAUUACGUGUUGCACAUGACUCUUUCUUCGUAUAUAAAACAGAAUGAGAACUGAAAUCCAUAUUCUUCCACUGCACAUGCCAAGCUAGGAAACAAGGACUCUUUGCGUAGCCUACUCUGCUCUGUUCUUGGCUUUUGGCAUCUCACACUUCCAGAAGCAGCUCGGCUCCAAGGAUGCAGAUCCAGUUCUCCCAGUCCUCUUGAAAAACAUGUCCUGCUCCUCUGUUGAGAUGCCUGACAAGAGGAGGCAGGGCCCUGUGCUCGGACACUGAGACUGCUCCCUGGGACAGCAUGGCUGGGACGACAGAAAAGUGACCUGAGUGGACAGCAGACCCUUGACUUGCUCCUUUCACCUUCUUCAUUUUUUUCCUGCUGCCCUCAGCUGUAAAACUGAAUUUGUAACUAUUUAUUUUUAAUAAAGUCUAAUAUCACAGGGGGAGGUUUAGAAGUG